UCCCCUUUCUGCACAGUAAUAAAAGACGACUGAAACGUACUUGAUCAUUCCUCCUACAAGCAAAGAUGUAUCAGCACAUCUCCAUUGUACUUUUGUUCAUUUUCAUCACUGGAGCACACUCACUCAAAUGUUAUGAGUGCACAUCUGGUCUGGUGCCUGGAUCUUGUGAAGCAAAAGAGAAGACAUGUAGUGAUGGAGAGACUAAAUGUAGCAGUAAAACAACAACAACCGUUUUAGCUUCAAUUAAGACAUCUGUCACAAUUAAAUCAUGUGCAUCGAUUUGUGAAAAUGAUAGCAAAGAGAUGAAUGGAGUUACAACUUCUACCAAGUGCUGUAAUACCGACCUUUGCAACGGCACAGGUGGACUCUAUAAGGGCAGUUUCAUCCUCCUCCUGUCUCCGCUCUUCAUCCUCACCCUGUUUCACUGAAAUCACUGAACUUCAGUGUAACACAAUUUACAAAAUUGUUUACUACUAUAUAAUGCUUGUUAAACAGUUUUGAGCUUAGAAACAACAUAAUUCACAAUUGCUUACAUUUAAGACUUAUCAAUUGCUUACAUUUGAGCUUUAUAUCUGCAACAACAAAAUAUUUUUUAAUUAAAGAUAAUGCUUUCUUUGUGAUAGCUUAAAGGUGAUGUGUGUAAAGUUUAGCGGCAUCUAGUGGUGAGAUUGCGAAUUGCAACCAACAGCUCACCCCUCAAUUGUUUUUAAAACGCAUAUGGUAGCCGCCACAGGACAAACAUGUCAUUGUCUGAGGCAAUAUAGGGACAAAAAAAACGCUCUGUAGAGCAGUUUGUCCAUUUAGGGCUACUGUAGAAACAUGACGGUGACUUUCAUGUAAUGGGACCUGCGGUGUAUGUAGAUAAAAACGGCUCAUUCUUCAAAACAGCGGCAGUUUUGACGCAUGCUUUGAACCCCAAGGCAACAUCUAGUGUAUUUAUCUUUGAAUGUCAAUAGGCAGCGUCAGUCUAUGAGGCAUCUACGUAUAUACUCUCUAUGGUCGAGACUGCCGCAUUUUAAUCCAUACAGUACAUUUUCUGCACAGCGGAGGUUAACUUCACAUUACCGUACUGGGGUUUGGAAAUGUUGUGUGCCUCUGUGUGUGGUGGUACACUGUAGCUGUUGACGAUAUUGACUGUAAAUCACUGAGUCACAUAUGCAUAUAUGCUCUUUAUGCCUAAAACACACAUGCUGCAUACAUUCAAAUAAAUUUGCUAAAUAAACAAGAUAUUAGUUUAUCAAAUAAA